AUGCCCCGCCUCGAGAACAAGAUCGCAAUCGUUACCGGCGCCACGUCGGGCAUCGGCAAAGCCACCGUCGAGCUCUUCGUGGAGGAAGGCGCGCGUGUCGUCGCGCUCGACGUCAACGCACCGUCCGAGCCCCUGCCCCAGGGGGUCCACUUCAUCAAGGGCUCGGUAGCCGACACGGCCCUCUGGGACCAGGCGAUCGCCGACGCGCAGAGCAAGUGGGGCACGCCGGACGUGCUCGUCAACGCGGCGGGCGUGUCGACUGGCGCGCUGCUCCACGAGCUCACGGACGACGACUUUGACUUUGUGUUUGGCAUCAACUUCCGCGCGCCGAUGAAGGGCAUGCAGGCUGUCAUUCGGGCGCUGCUGGCCGAGGGCAAGCCGGGCUCGAUUGUCAACAUCUCGAGCGUGCUUGGCCACGUUGCCCUCCCAGCCAAGACGGCGUACGGCGUGUCCAAGGCCGGACUGUCCCACCUCACCGCUAUCGCUGCCAAGGAGUACGGCGAGAAGGGGAUCCGCGUCAACGCGAUCGCGCCGGCCAUGGUGCGGACUGCUAAUCGCGGUUAUGCAGGCAUGACGUCCUCCUCCGAAGUCACUGCCCGCCUCGACACGCUCGUGGACCGCACGUCGCUCAAGCGCUGGGGCGAGCCGCGCGAGAUUGCCCAGAGCAUCCUCUUCCUUGCCUCCGAUGACUCGAGCCUCGUCACGGGCACAGUGCUCAAGGCGGACGCGGGGUACACUACGUAG